AUGGCGGACAGCAAAGAAAGAAACGACAACGCCCCAGAAGCCAUCCGCGUCGAGGAGGCCAGGGACGUCGAGGCCAACAAGCUCGCGGCUGACACGGAUCGUGUCGAGGCCGCUCCGGAUCGGGCACGAGGAGUCUAUCCCAAGGGCCUGGACAAGGCAGCCGAGAUUCUGAAGCAAGCCGACCAUGAGGUUGUCGUCACGGUUGGCGAAAGCCGACGCGUGGUGAAGUUGGUCGACUGGAGGAUCCUGCCCAUCCUGCUGUUCAUCUACUGCCUGCAGUCCCUGGACAAAAACACGCUCUCGUACGCUUCAGUCUUCGGCCUCAUUACCGACACCGGCCUCAAGGGCGACGAGUAUUCGUGGCUCGGCUCGGUGGUGUACGUCGCUCAGCUGGUGUUUCAGCCACUGGUCGCAUACAUCCUCGUCAAGUUCCCAAUCGGCAAGUUCCUGGCCUUCAUGGUCUUCUGCUGGGGGGCUAUCCUCUGUGGCAUGGUCGCUGCCCACAAUUUCACCGGGCUGCUCGUGUCGAGACUCUUCCUCGGUAUCUUUGAAGCGGCAGUGGCUCCUACCUUUGUUGCCAUUAUUCAGAUGUGGUACAGACGUCGAGAACAGACAACGCGCAACGCGGCAUGGUACUCCAUGUUAGGUAUUGUCAAUAUGCUUGGUAGUUUGCUGAGCUAUGGUCUUGGCCACAUCGACUCCGGCGUUCUCAAGUCUUACCAGAUCAUCUUCCUGUUCUGCGGGUGCCUUACGGUGACUUGGUCCAUUGUCACUCUUCUCUUCAUGCCUGACUCGCCUAUGACGGCCAAGUUCCUGAAGGGCGACGACAAGCUGAUCGCAAUCGAACGCCUGCGAAUGAACCAGCAGGGUAUCGGCUCUGGGGUCUGGAAGUGGGCCCAUGUAUGGGAGGCCAUGCUUGACCCGAAGACCUGGCUCUGGUUCUCGAUGAUGUUUGUCAUCUCUAUCCCCAGCGGCGGCAUCUCGACGUUCGGACCCCUGAUUAUCCAGUCAUUCGGCUUCGACAGCUUCACGACGAUUCUGUUCAACAUCCCCUUCGGAGCCGUGCAGAUGAUCGCCACGCUCGGCGGCGCCUGGCUCUCAGACAAGAUCCGGAUGAAGGCGCCCGUGCUCAUGCUCCUCUGCCUCGGCCCAAUCGCCGGCUGCGCCAUCCUGCUGGCCGUGGGGCGCGCCACCAGCGACCGCGCGGUGCUCCUCGUCGGCUACUACAUCAUCUCCAUCUACCCGGGCAUCUCGCCGCUCAUCUACUCGUGGUCGGGCCAGAACACGGGCGGCGACACCAAGCGCAAGGUGACGACGGCCAUGCUGUUCAUCGGCUCCAACGCCGGCAACAUCGUCGGCCCGCUGCUGUUCCGUACCGACGAGAAGCCCCACUACACGCGCGGCCUGACCGCCAACCUGGUGCUGUUCGUCCUGCUGGCCGUGUUGGUGGGGCUGGGCAUGCUCCUGAUCAAGUACCUGAACGUCAAGCACGCCAAGGCCCGCGUGGCGCUGGGCAAGCCCGAGAAGAUUGUUGACCUGAGCAUGGUGGACAACCGGGAGACGGCUAAUGACGAUGAUGUGCUCAACCAAGGCGCGGAUAAUGUGGGCGACCGCGGCUUCGAGGAUCUGACGGACCUCAAGAACGAGGAUUUCAUCUAUGUGUAUUAG